AUGAGCAGCUUCAGGAGAGUUGCUGAAAAACGAAAGACAGACGCAGGGUUUGACCCAGUUGUUAGGUGUGUGGCUGUCAUUGGUGUGGCUGUCAUUGAUGUGGCUGUCAUUGAUGUGGCUGUCAUUGGUGUCAGGGUCGUGGCGCUUGAAGGUAUGACUUCUGAAGGGCUAGAGUGUGUUUCCAUAGUAAGUCUUGGGACCGGGCGCGGAUCGUAUAUUAAUUAUAACUUUUGUAAAUAUGCUGAAGUAAGCAUAAAUAUGACUUUCAAGAUGAUUAAGAACUUUCCAAAAGGGAAGCAGCUACACCAACCCACCACUAACCGCUGCUUCCACACUAACACCACCACCGUCGCCACUAACACUGCCUCGCUCCUGACGCAGCACGAGCUGGUGGUGUCAGCAGAGGGCGCCGGGGAGCUGGUACACACGCUGGUGCAGGUGCUGGUGGCCGACGUCAACGACAACACCCCGUACUUCCUCAGACCCAACCCUCAAGUCACCGUCAUCGAGGAAGAUGAUCGCGAUCUGCCACUCGCUAUUACUAAGGUCGAAGCUGGCGACAAGGACAAGGUAGACGAGGCAGGGCUCUUGUAUAGCCUCCGUGGGGACGGUGUUGAUGGAUACGCCCCUAAUGACGCUUUCUUUUCCGUCAAUUCCCGUACGGGAGAAUUAAUUCAGCUCCGGGCACUGGAUCGUGACCCGCCGAACGGCAAGGGUGUCUGGAAGGUGAGGGUCCAGGUCAAGGACGGCCAGGCUCCAUGGAAACGUCUGAGGAAGAGCGGUGGUCAGCAGAAUCCCUCCAACUCCAUCACCAGGCACACCCGCCAGGCCGACGAAGACUCUCCAACUGGAGGAGCCGCACUAGCAGAACCAGGAACACCAACACCCCCUGGAACACCAGCACCACUAGAAGCACUAGCACCUCCUGGAACGCCAGCUGCACUAGGAGCACCAGCACCUCCUGGAACACCAGUACCACUAGGAGCACCAAUACCUCCUGGAACACCAGCACCACUAGAAGCAGCAGCACCUCCUGGAACACCAGCACCACUAGGAGCACCAGCACGUGGAACACCAACAGCGUCUGAAGCACCAUCGCAACCUGGAACACCCGCACCACCACACCUACCAGGAACACCAACACCACUAUCAGCACCUGGAAUUCCAACAAAACCUGGAACCCAGGCACCACCAGGGACGCCACCCGCACCUGGAGCACCAACACCAGCAGCACCUCGAUCACCAGCAUUACCAGUUCUCUGGUACAAGUACACAGACACACUUUCUCAGCUCAGAGACAAGAGAGAAGCCAGUGAAACAAGAGAACACAAGGACCCUACAACGCUCUACGGCUUCCGUGGCCCCACCGAGCAAAACUCCCCCCGGUCUGGAAUACACAUGAAUCUAAAGGAAAAGAUUUUCAAGACUGAUCGUUAUACGGAUCAAGAAAAUGAAAUAUCUAGAGAUGAAUAUCACAUUCCUUACCACGACUAUAAGCCGGCAAUUUCGAGCGUUUUGGCCAAGGAAGAGAGCGUCAGGACGGACCAAGAUGAUGUAUUACGAGCCAAUAGGCCACUGGGAAAGGAGGCCAUGAUUCUGUUCGAGGCAAGUCGUAAAUCGGAAGUAAUGGGUCCUGGCAGCCACCGAGAGUGGUCAAGGAGGAUUAAGGAACAUCCUGAAGAUGGUCUCAAUAGGGUCGACACAGGCUACUCACGGCCGUAUGACGGAGGAGAACGACAAACUUCAGGACAAAUACGGAAUGAGUUUCCUCUGUCCAGCUUCUGUCGAGCUUGGCUGAGAGUUGCUGCCACCAGGGCCCAGCGUACACGACGAGAGGCGAGGUUAAAAUCUUUUAAUGAAGGCAGACCUUCUGUUGGACAUUUGUCAAUGUCUGGUGCCAGGGUUAAGUACCGAGGUCGGCCAAGUACUUCCUUUAAAUUCUUUUUGCCUGGAAGAACUUCAGCCACGGUCAAAAGGUGGAGUCAUGGAACCUUGCAUCCACUUUUUAGACAAAGAAAAGCCAAAUAUUUCAAACAAUCGCUAGAUGUCUUAAGAAUCGAAGAAAUUUCCCCUUUGCUACCGAACGUUGACACGAUAAUGCAAACGGAUCCUUUAAAGUGUGUAAAUAAAUAUUUUUCAAACUUCCGAAACAAUUCUUCGGGAUAUUCGGUAGCCUCAAAGACAAUUUCAGGUACGAAACCACUUGAAGAAUUGAAGGAGUCGAGAAAUGGCAACAGGAAACACAUCUCAGGUAUACAGGAAGCUUCAAGAAUCGUUGUUUCUCAAGAAGAUUCAACCCCUGUUCCUUCUGACAACAACAACUAUUGGCCAUAUGCUACCAACACUCAGGAAAGCCUGAAGAAUCUAUACGAGGUUAGUACGAAAAAAACAACUAGUUUAAAGACAUCCAAGGAUUAUCCUGGAACCAUUUCGUUUAGCUUUCCUUUCUGGCCAGCGGAAGACAUCUCCAGAAAUCAAAAUAUGAUCACAUCCAGGGGCCGCCUCCGACGAAAGAGUAGCAGUAGCAAAGGAAACCUCGCUUCAGACACCUUCCAAGGUGCGAGAGGCACCACCAGGAGAAAAAGAACUGCAGAAUCCAUCUUUUUUCUGAACGACGAGUUCAACAGAGCCUAUGGUGUUGACGAGGACGACGGCUUCUGCGAGAGCCUCGACCUGUAUGGAGGACACUUGGAGACCAGGAAUGGGACGGCCGCCGGUGGUAGACCACCACGGGUACACACAAUGGAGACGGUGGUGACGGUGGUGGUGAAGGACAUCAACGACAACGCCCCCACCUUCCCCAACACCACCAUGUUCGGCGAGGUGCAGGAGAAUGGUCCCAUCG